GGCGGGACCCCCGGCAUGGCCUCGGGCAAGGCGGCGGGGGAGCGGCGCUGGGAGCUGGUGCGCUGGUACGUGCGAGAGGGCCGCUUCCGCAUCGAGGAGAGGACGCUGACGGCUUUCCAGUGGCUCUACUCACCCCAGCAGCACCGCAUCGUCAGCAGGGCAGACCUGGGCUCCCCCAGCAGGAUCGACAAGACGAUGCUGGCCAGCCUGAAGAUCAAGAAGCAGGAGCUGCUCAACAGCACGGAUGUGGCCGUCCCGGAGCGGCCGCUGUCCCCCCCGCUGACGGCGCCCCCGACCAUGAAGUCGGCAGAAUUCUUCGAAAUGCUGGAAAAAAUGCAGGCACCAAAACUGGAAGAACAGAGGUCUGGAAGCCAAAAACACAAGGAAGACUACAUCCCGUACCCCAGCAUCGAUGAGAUCCUGGAGAAGGGCAGCCCGUACCCACUGAUCAUCCUGCCCCAGUUUGGGGGGUACUGGAUAGAAGACCCAGAAAACCUUGGCACGCCCACCUCAUCUGACAGCAGCAUCUGCGAGGAGGAGGAGGAAAACCUCAGCCCCAGCACCUAUGGCUACAAGCUGGAGUGCAAGGGAGAGGCCAGAGCCUACCGCAAGCAUUUCCUGGGGAAGGAUCAUUUAAAUUUCUACUGUACAGCCAGCAGCCUUGGAAAUCUGAUCCUUUCUGUUAAAUGCGAGGAGACAGAUGGCACAGAAUAUUUAAGGGUUAUACUCAGGUCCAAAGUGAAGACAUUGCAUGAAAGGAUCCCAUUGGCAGGAUUCAGCAAACUCCCGAGUAUUCCCCAGAUUGCAAAGGCCUUCUGUGACGAUGCCUCUGGGCUGAAGUUUAACCCGGUUCUCUACCCCAAGGCAUCCCAGAUGAUAGUGUCCUAUGAUGAGCAUGAGGUCAACAACACGUUCAAGUUUGGUGUGAUCUAUCAGAAGUUCAGGCAGACACAAGAGGAGGAGCUGUUUGGCAAUAAUGAAGAGAGCACUGCCUUCAAGAACUUCUUAAGUUUUCUGGGAGACACCAUAACUCUCCAGGACUUCAAAGGUUUUCGAGGAGGCCUGGAUGUCAGCCACGGGCAGACGGGAGUGGAGUCUGUGUACACGGUGUUCAGGGACAGGGAGAUAAUGUUUCAUGUCUCCACCAAGCUGCCUUUUACCGAAGGAGACACACAACAACUCCAGAGGAAGAGGCACAUUGGCAACGACAUAGUGGCAAUUAUCUUCCAAGAGGAGAACACGCCAUUCGUGCCAGACAUGAUUGCCUCCAACUUCCUGCAUGCCUACAUCGUGGUGCAGGUGGAGAACCCCGAGGCAGACAAUACAGCGUACAAGGUGUCAGUCACAGCCCGGGAAGAUGUUCCCUCCUUUGGCCCGCCCCUGCCGAGCCCGCCGGUGUUCCAGAAGAGCCCCGAGUUCCGAGAGUUCCUGCUGACCAAGCUCAUCAAUGCUGAGAACGCCUGCUGCAAGUCCGACAAGUUUGCCAAGCUGGAGGACCGGACACGGGCUGCCCUGCUGGACAACCUGCACGACGAGCUGCACGGGCACACGCAGACCAUGCUGGGGCUGGGGCCCGAGGAGGACAAGAUGGAGAACGGCGGUCACGGAGGCUUCCUGGAGUCUUUCAAGAGAGCCAUCCGGGUGCGCAGCCACUCCAUGGAGACCAUGGUGGGCAGCCAGAAGAAGCACCAUGGCAGCGGCAUCCCAGGCAGCCUCAGCGGGGGCAUUGCCCACAACAGCGGCGAGGUGACCAAGACCACCUUCUCGCCCCCUGUCCCAGCUGUUGCUGCCAAGAACCAGUCCAGGAGCCCCAUCAAGCGCCGCUCAGGGCUGUUCCCCCGCCUGCACACGACAUCGGAGAGCCAGGCGGAGAGCAGGACCAGGUGUGACAGUGUUUCUGGAGCCCAGAAGACACCAGAUUUGGGACAUUCUUCCCAAGAGAUGAAAUCUGAAACCUCAUCCAACCCCAGCUCCCCUGAAAUAUGCCCCAACAAAGACAGGCCUUUUAUCAAGCUGAAAGAGAACGGGCGGUCGAACAUCUCCCGUUCCUCCUCCAGCACCAGCAGCUUCAGCAGCACGGCGGGGGAGAGCGAGACCCUGGAGGAGUACGACAGCGUGGGGAGCCAGCCCUCCACGGCGUCGCCGUUCAAGCAGGAGGUGUUUGUGUACAGCGCUUCGCCCGGCAGCGACAGCCCCGGCGCGGGGGCCGCGGCCACCCCCGUCAUCAUGAGCAGGAGCCCCACAGCAGAUCUAAAGAACAGAAAUUCUCCAAGGUCCAACCUGAAGUUUCGCUUUGACAAGCUCAGCCAUGGCAGCUCCAGCCUGAGCCACUAGCAGGAGGAAGUCAUGAACUUGUCACAGAAUGUUUCAACAAAGGGAAAAAUCUUCAACACCCCAUGGAGCACGCACGCCUCGGCCAUGGGCAGCGAGGUGCCCUCGCCCGCACACCAGAACAGAGCUCUCACCUUGCUGCAGCCCUGUCCUGACAGGGACAGCCACCUUCUCACCCUGUGCUGUGCAGCACAGCCCUGUGCCCCUCUGCGUGCAGGAGGGGACUGUCCCUGCCUGUGCUGCACUCCUGGCCGGGGCCAUGUCCCCUUUGGUCACCCUGUGCUUGCCCAGUGCGCCGCAGCUGGUGGCACCGUCCAUCCGCCUGUCCCUGGGUUGCCUGGCAGCUCCUUCUGGGCAGAGGGGCAGCAGGAGAGACCUCCACAUAGUUUAGGUCCCUGCAUGCUUUAUUUGCAGUUACCAGUGGGGAAACAGGGGUUUAUGUUUGUUUUUUGAAGGGUGGGGGUCAGGCCAAGGUUAGGUGCUAGUGGCUCUGGGGCAGUUUGCCCUCCACCAUCGUUUGCUGUUGCUCUUCCCUGGGGACAAUGGGGCAGAACCUCCCAGGGGGGUCCUGGGCAGCUCUCCCUGGAGUGGGGUCUGCAGGGUCCCUCCAGCCAUCCCCCAGCUCCUCCCUACACCCCAAAACUCUUGGGGCAGAGGCAGCCCCUCGCUCCAGACCUGCUCAGUCUCUUGCACGAGAGGCAGUGAGUGACUUGGCCCAGGGAGGGCAGCUGGGGACAGCACCAGCUCAUCCUCCUUGGCAGGUUCAUCCUGCCUGCUUUGUCCCUGCCUGACACUGGGCACAGGCCUGGGAAAGGUGACCCAAAGCUGUGCUGUAUUACGGCUUUAGCUUUUCUUAGUGCUAGAACUGGAACCAGAGGGGAUUUACCUGGUGGGCUCUGCUUUUCCCUAUGGCUUGGAUCACCAGGCAGGCAAAUGCAUAAAACUCUGGUGAUCUGGGAGGCAUUAGGCUGCUCCAGCCCUUACAGAGUCUGUCCUGCUGCUUUUGAGCAAACUCUUGUUGUUAUGAAAGGAUUAUAGAUUCUGCAAGGUAACUCUCCAAUAAUGCCCUUUCCCAGAAAAUACCUCUCUCAAUAUGCCAAGAAAUCCUUUUGCUCUUUUAUGGAGCUUCAUGUGAAGUUUCCUGAAGCCUGUCUGUAAAUUUCACAUUGCCCAUAGAUUUCCCUUACCCAUUUUCUGGAAGACAGGCCAUGAUGCUGCAGAGAUAUUCCCCCCUGUGCCCCCAGCCUGUGACCUUUGGACACCCUCAUGAAAUCAGGUUCUCAGUCUCAAGUGAACGCAGUUCCUCAGGUUUGUGAUUCCUACUGAAAGCAGGCCUUUGAGUGCCAAAGCCACCUCCCCCGUGGGUGCUCCUGGAGCACAAAGCGCCUGGCAGAGGUGUCAGAGGGGCAGAGCUGCGCUCCUGGAGCAGCCCUGGCUGUGCCUGCUCCUGCUCCCCUCUCUGGGGCCAGUGCUUAUGGGGUUCAGCCCCCACCUGCCCUCCUCCUGUCAUCUGCCUGGCCAGAGGCGAGCCCAGGCAAGCAGGACGUGCUCUGCUCACCCUGGUCCUGCAGGGAGGUGCUCUCCAAGAGCCUUAGACCCGCUUCACACAGGUGCUGGAAUUAAUCCACGGGGAAGGCUGUAGCUAUGAUGGGGGGAGGGGAACCAAGUUAAAGAAGGAGAACAGUUGUGAAAAGGCAGGGAACAGUUUCACCGGCCCUAAGUGCUGUGUAGGACUAGUAAAUACCAAUAACUCCCGUGGGCAUGCUCCCUCCUGCUCCCAGCCAGCUGCAUUUCAAUAGGGUUUAAGCCUUGAGUUUCCUUUGGAAGGAGAGCAUGCCGUGUGCUCAGCCCAGCCCGCAGCUGUAGGUGUCUCAGGAUCACACACUUUGCUGCUCAGCACUUGUCUGAUGAUGCUUCAGUAGCACUUUCAAACCCACCCCCAAUUUGCCUCUUAGAAGCUUUGGUCUGAUUUCCUGAGGCUGCACAGUGAAACACUGACUGGUGCAAUGACUUGCUCCCAGGGUCUGCUCUGGGUUUUUUUCCUCUGAGAAGUCACUCGGUUCUGUAGAUGUUGUCAUUCCUGUGGGUGUUGAUCUCCGUGAGAUCUUUCAGCAGAUGAUGCAGUGGCUACUGUCAGCUGGUUUGCCAUUUUUGGUUGUUUUGUUGCUUUCUUUUUUUUUUUUUUUCACUUGAAACUGUGGCUUUCUUUUUUGACCUAGAUAGAUUUGGGAAUUAUUCGAACGGGACUAACAGGCAGAGAACAGUGUGAAGCCUCAGGGAGGGUUGCAGUGCUGUGGGCUUGUCGCCCUGCCAGCCCGCCGAAGCAGCACUGGGGCCGGGUUUGGCUCCUG